GGAGGCAGGGCUGAGGAGUCGUGGGGAGCGCGCGCCGGCGGAAUGGCGGCGGCCCGCUACCUGCGGCUGUGGCGCUGCUGGCAGCGGGGGCUGCCCGGGGGUCUUGUCCCGCUCGGUCUAGCGCGGCGGCGGGUGUACGCGGCUUGUUCCGCCUCCCCGUGGGCGCUGUGGGCUCCGCGGGGCCCGGCCCCCUCUCCCCUCGCCGGCCUCAGCGUCGGGCCCCGGCGGCACCUGCGUGGCCUGGGCGGCGGGGACGGGCUCGAGAGCGGCGGAGCCGAGGAUGGCGGGGGUAGCGGGGCCGAUCCCGCCGGGGCCCCCCCGGCCAUGACGGCGCUGACCCCGCUGCUCAUCCCCGAGCGCUUCCCCAACGUGCCGCUCAUCGCCGUGACGCGCAACCCCGUCUUCCCGCGCUUCAUCAAGAUCCUCGAGGUGAAAAAUAAGAAGCUGGUGGAGCUGCUGAGGAGAAAAGUUCGCCUUGCUCAGCCUUAUGCUGGUGUCUUUUUGAAGAAAGAUGACAACAAUGAAUCAGACGUGGUGGAAAACCUGAAUGAAAUCUACCAGACAGGCACUUUUGUCCAGAUUCAUGAAAUGCAGGACCUUGGAGACAAGCUGCGCAUGAUUGUCAUGGGGCACCGAAGAAUUCGUAUAAACAAGCAACUAGAGAUUGAGCCCGAGGAAUCUGAGCCUGAGAACAAACAGAAAGCAAGAAGGAAGCUGAAGCGCUCCAAGAGAGAGGCUGAAGAAGAGGAGGGACCAAAGGACCAAACCGUGGAGCUGGUGCUAGAACCUGUGGCUGCCUCGCCAGAAGAAGUGCUCAUGGUAGAAGUGGAUAAUGUUAUCCAUGAAGAUUUUCAGAUCACAGAAGAAGUUAAAGCGCUUACUGCAGAAAUUGUCAAAACAAUCCGGGACAUCAUUGCCUUGAAUCCUCUCUACAGAGAAUCUGUGCUUCAGAUGAUGCAGGCAGGGCAACGAGUGGUAGAUAAUCCAAUCUACCUGAGUGACAUGGGUGCAGCAUUAACGGGGGCAGAGUCGCAUGAGCUGCAGGAUAUCCUGGAAGAAAUCAAUAUUCCCAAACGGCUUUAUAAGGCCCUCUCUCUCCUGAAGAAAGAGUAUGAGCUGAGUAAACUCCAGCAGCGUCUUGGACGGGAGGUUGAGGAGAAGAUCAAGCAGACUCAUCGCAAGUAUCUUCUUCAAGAGCAACUGAAGAUUAUCAAGAAAGAGCUAGGCCUAGAGAAGGAGGACAAAGAUGCCAUAGAGGAGAAAUUCCGAGAGCGGCUCAAGGAUCUGGUAGUGCCAAAACAUGUCAUGGAAGUGAUUGAUGAAGAGUUGAACAAACUUGGUUUGCUGGACAAUCACUCCUCGGAAUUCAAUGUUACCCGGAACUACUUGGAUUGGCUGACAUCCAUCCCAUGGGGUAAAUGCAGCGAGGAGAACCUGGAUCUGACCAGAGCCCAGGCAGUUCUGGAGGAGGAUCACUACGGAAUGGAUGAUGUCAAGAAGCGAAUUCUGGAAUUCAUAGCAGUCAGCCAGCUGCGAGGAUCAACCCAAGGGAAGAUUCUUUGUUUUUAUGGCCCUCCAGGGGUUGGCAAGACCAGCAUUGCCCGCUCCAUCGCUAGAGCCUUAAACCGAGAGUAUUUCCGCUUCAGUGUUGGAGGAAUGACUGAUGUGGCAGAAAUCAAAGGACACAGGAGGACGUACGUUGGAGCAAUGCCAGGGAAAAUAAUCCAGUGCCUAAAAAAGACCAAGACAGAAAACCCCCUGAUCCUGAUUGAUGAGGUGGAUAAAAUUGGGCGAGGCUAUCAAGGUGACCCAUCCUCAGCCCUUCUAGAGCUGCUGGACCCAGAACAGAACUCUAACUUCUUGGAUCAUUACCUUGAUGUUCCUGUAGAUUUAUCAAAGGUGCUCUUUAUUUGUACUGCCAAUGUGACAGACACCAUCCCAGAGCCGUUGCGGGACAGAAUGGAAAUGAUCAAUGUGUCAGGAUAUGUCGCACAAGAGAAACUUGCAAUUGCAGAGAGGUAUUUGGUCCCUCAAGCACGUGUCCUGAGUGGUUUGGAUGAAACGAAGACCAAGAUCUCAUCAGAUGUGCUGACUGUUCUCAUCAAACAGUACUGCAGGGAGAGUGGAGUGAGGAACCUGCAGAAGCAGGUGGAGAAGGUAUUAAGGAAGUCUGCCUAUAAGAUUGUCAGUGGAGAAGCAGACACAGUUGAGGUAACUCCUGAAAACUUGCAGGACUUUGUUGGCAAGCCCAUCUUCACUGUGGAUCGGAUGUAUGACCUCACUCCUCCUGGAGUGGUGAUGGGCCUGGCCUGGACAGCUAUGGGAGGUUCCACUCUAUUUAUUGAAACGUCCCUGCGGCGACCCAAAAACAAGGAAAACAAGGAUGGGUCCCUUGAAAUAACAGGCCAACUGGGAGAUGUGAUGAAGGAGAGUGCCAAAAUAGCUUACACAUUUGCUCGAGCUUUCCUGAUGCAGAAGGAACCCACCAAUGACUUUCUGGUGACCUCCCAAAUCCACUUGCAUGUGCCAGAGGGAGCAACUCCCAAGGACGGGCCAAGCGCAGGAUGUACCAUAAUAACGGCCUUACUGUCAUUGGCCAUGAAUCGUCCAGUGAGGCAAAACGUGGCCAUGACUGGAGAGGUGUCAUUAACUGGAAAGAUUCUUCCUGUUGGUGGAAUCAAGGAGAAGACUAUUGCAGCCAAGCGAGCUGGUGUUUCCUGUAUCAUUCUCCCAUCAGAGAACAAGAAGGAUUACUAUGACCUUGCUGACUUCAUUACAGAGGGACUAGAAGUACAUUUUGUUGAGCACUACAACAAAAUAUUUGACAUAGUGUUUCCAGAACUUGAUGCCCCUGGAGGAUGACUGAUGUGAACUGUUUGUACUAAGGGGUCUGUCCCUGACCACCCCAAAAGCAAGAUGGCCUGGGGCAUAAAUAUUGCUGCUGCGCAGCCACUGAAAUUAAUUAUGGCUUAAUUUACUACUGCCUUGGUUCAUGUGAGGCGUUUCCCACUUAUGUUUACAACGGGAUUUGAAUUAUGACCUGAUGAAAAUAUUUAAUAAGA